AUUAGUUGAAGUUAAAUCAGUUUUGGAAUGAUUCACACCAACGCUUGAAAUAUAAAAACUUGCCGAAACCCUAACCCUUAAUCCUUCAAUUGAGCGACUCACGCUAUGAAUUUCUUCAAAUCCCUUCUAUCAGACGAUCCGGACCCUCCCGAUCCCCAAAUUGUUCGCGAAUCUGACGCGAAUUCCGCACUCAAACCACCUCGUGACGGUGGUAAUUCGAUCGACGUGGCUGACGGAGGUCCUGAUGAUGGUUGGAGUUUCGGGGGUUUAAUCAGAACUUUUGCAGUCCAAUCCGAAUCGUUGAUCGAAACAUACCGUAAGGAUCUCGAGGAAUUCGGGUCGGGUCUAAAGAAGGAGACCGAGAUACUCCGUGAGACCGCGAGCCGAGCCGUGAAGGAUCUCCCAGCAUCGCUGGAAGCCAGCGCUACAGCUGCGCAUGGUGCGCUGGACGGAGUGCUGAAGUCAACGGCUGAGAUCAUUUCAAAAGAGGCUCUUUUUGGGUCGGAUGGGGAACCCGAGACACCAGAAACAAAUAGAAGUAAGAAUUCGAGUCGGUAUAGUUGGUUCGAGGCGCAGUUGAGUGCAAUUCAAAGUGAUUCGAGUACUUUUCUUGAAGAGCCGGAGGAUGGGGAGGAGUAUAGGAAGUGGAAGUUAGGGUUUCAGUUGGAGCAGAAUAGGGAUGAGAUUGACAGUUUGAUAGUGGGAAAUGGAGUUUUGGAGGAUGUUUAUACAAGGGUUGUUCCAAGUGCUGUUGAUCCUGAGAUUUUUUGGUGCAGAUACUUCUAUAGAGUUUAUAAGCUCAAGCAGCAGGAGAGUGUGAGGGCGAAUCUUGUAAAGAGGGUGAUUUCAGUUGAUGAUGAUGAGGAGUUGUCAUGGGAUGUUGAUGAGGAUGAGGAUGAGGUUGAGGUUGAGGUUGGUAACGGGGGCUAUCAAGCAGAUCUGAAGGUGAAAGGAGGAGUUGGAGAGGGAGAUAAUGCAGCAGGUGAUGGAAGUUCAAAAAUUGUCGAGAAACAAGAGGAUGUGAACAUUGGAUCACAAUAUGAGAAGGGAGGGGGUAAUGUCGACGAAGAUAAUGGUGAAAAUAGCAAUGUGGGUGAGUCGGGUAAGAGUUCUGGUGUGGAUGCAUCAUUUGUUGAGAAAGAAGUCAAGUCUGAAGAAGGUGCCGGAGUGAAAAAGGAUGAGCAACUGAAAUCUGAAGAAAGUGUCCAAGAUAAGAAAGACGAUAAAGUGGGCAUGGAGGAGAAAGGUGAAUUUGUUAAAAAAAGUGAUGCUCAAAUGGCGUCUAGUGAUCAGCCAAAGGUGGAGGAGGAGGAUAUGGGGUGGGAUGAAAUUGAGGAUAUUGGGAGUGGUAAUGAGAAAAGAAUUUCAGCCACUGCUCGUGGUGGGAGCCCCAACAGAGGUGACCUGCGGAAGCGGUUGAGUGCUGCUGAAGAUGACGAGGAUUUGAAUUGGGAUAUUGAGGAUGAUGAUGAGCCAGUGAAAGCUUGAUGGCAUAUCAGUGAUAAAAACUGUAAUUAUUUAGUUGCUGAUAUGCGGAUGAGCUUGGCUGGAGCUUGAUACCUAUUAAAUUUGAGAAACUGUUACAGUUGAGUCAGAAACUGAGAUCAAUUAUCCAGUAAUGGCUUCUUACGUAGUAAAUAGAAGAACUCAAAUUAUUAACUGAAAUUAAUUUCAUUAUUUUCUCUUUAUCGUGAAUUUGUCUUUUUCUGUGACUAAAUGGAGGUCUUAGUUCCUCUACCAUUGUCUGUUAAAGGCCCACUUGUUCAUGUGGCUCGACAAUGUUUCUGUUGGAUGUAUCAGUGCCAUUUUGCUCAUAAAUCAAACGUCUAAACUGUUGUUCCUGUUAAUUAA